CUAAUCCUGAGAAGCACUGAACGCGCACCCCUGAGCCUCCGGAGCGGACUUGAAGAGGUUUGGAGAAUUAUGUCUUCAGUUUGGAAGACUCCCCGUGGAUCAAAUGUGAUGCCUGAGAUGAAGGUGAAAAUCAUUGGAAGUAAACACGUUCGAUACCUUGUGGAGAAGCCAAAAAUCAAGCAGAACCAGAACUUGAAGGCAGAAGCUCAAACAGUGCUCUGGAAAUCAGUGCCUGGUGAUGCAGAGCAGAUCCGUGGAGACCCACCAGCUCCGACUGAUCCCACAGAUCCUCAAAUCAGUCAUGACCCAGAUGAUGGGAAAGACAGCAAGCACCGAGAAAACAACCAGAAACCAGAGGACAGUGGGAAACUCCUAACAGGACCACUCAGUUGUAGAUUUCUGGAUGGCAAAGUUUCCAACCAAGCAAAUGUCUAUUGCAUCUCUCAACCAACCGGAGACCAGUCCCUGUCCUAUAUCCAUGGCCUCCCCAGGAGAAACUUUAGAGACUGGUCCUUAGAACAGAUGGUAAGGAGCAGCUCUGACCAACCCAAGGAUAUUGGCCAGAGACCAAGUGGAAUAACAAAAGAAGACACUUUUCUUCUUGCCCUGGUCAGGAGAGAACUCAAGUCUCUUCCUUUGAGUUCUGGCUUAUUAGACAAACUUCAGAAAGAGCUGAAGAUACUGGAUCCUGUCUCGUCAGGAUUUAUUCUUCAGUCUCAGCUGAGCCACCUCUUCUUAAGGCUUGAAGUCCCUCUGCAGUUGCCAACAGUCAAGAUCCUUUGCCAGAGAUUUUCUAGGGGGAGCUCUCCUGAAAUGGUGAAUUAUGAAAAGCUACUCUGGUUUUUAAAAGUAGCAGCUUCAGAAGAUACAGAGCAAAACAAAGGAGUUGAGGACAGCAAUGUAAAAGAAACUCAGAGUAGUAGCCAUCAAAGCCUUUCUCCUGCUUCUCCAAGCAGUAUCGCCCCUCAAGACUACAACUCACAGUCAGAAGUGAAUGAGAGCCUGUUGGAAAUCCUGAAGAUGGCACUGAGGGCAACCAAGGCCAAACUCAGCAUAGAGAAACUCAAUCUGAGUUUUCGAAAAGAAGAUCGCUCAUUCUCUGGCUGCCUGCCCCCACCCAAGGUCAGGGCUAUAUGUGGGAAACAUGGAUUAUAUCUGACUUUGAGUCUUUUGGAAACAUUGCUUAGCCAUCAAGAUUUGGGUUACCAAGAUGAAAUAAAAUGGGAGAAUUUUGUUGAGUGGUUGGGCAGAGCUUCCUCUGAUUUGUCAUCUGAUUUUCCUCCAGGAAAGAAAGGAAAGGAAAUUUCUGCUACUCCAGGGCAUCCUGAAGUUCCUGAGAUAUCUCAAGGAAAAACUGAACAAAUGAAAACUCCAGAAAAAGAUUUGAAACCAGAAAACCCACCUGCUGAGACUUCAGCCCCCAAAGAUAUCCUGAAUGCCUUGAAGAUCAGGCCAGUCUCACAGCCUUCUGUCAGUCCUGUGAUGAAAAACACAUCUGAAGAAUGUGAGACAUGGAUCGACAGGUUCAGGAAGCUAGAAAAUGCCCUCUAUCUGUGUGAUCUGAGUAAUACAGGAGUCCUAGAGAAGGAACGAGCCAGACGCCUCAUUCACAACUACAAUCUCAUUUACAACCUGUCCCUGAGCCCUCGGAAAAUUGACCAAGCCUUGCGGAGUUUCCGUGCUGGAGAAAAUAUGCUUUUGGAGCCAGCGCUUCGGUACUUAAAGGAGCUAUGAUAACAAGCCCAUAUUGUGAGAACAGAUGUUCCCUUUAUCUCCCUUUUUACCCAGACACGUGUUUCUCCACAGCCCGAGUGCAGUGGUGGAGGCACUGUCAGAAUUGAGGCCGGCGCAGCUAUUGUAGACACUUUGAACUUGGACUUGAUUUCUGGCUAGGAUGCUUGCUCAUAAGCAGCUCCAAGUGAUCUGAGAAAACCAGGUUUUUCUCUUCUGAGGUGGCAAAAGCCCAAUUUCUUAAAAUCCUCUUCUAAUCUUAUAAAGCUGAUGAUGAAUAUUCAAAGAUUUUUUUUUCUAUAUUGCUGAUCAAAUAGUGUCUUUGCUAACUCUGCAAUUCCAUAUAGUAAAAAACAUGCUAGAUGUUGUCAACUUCCAAAAAUGCCUGUCACAUAAGAGACCUGAAUAUGUCUUUGUUGGAUGAAUAAGUCAAUCUUCCCUCUAGUCACUAUUCUAGGAUUUCCACAUUAUAAGAAAAAUAAAAGUAUUAACAAUGAAUUGUCUUAAUACUAAGCAACAGAAGCAGAAUUUCAAGUGAGGUUUUCUGAACAAGUCUAAUAUUUUCUCUAGUACAAAACUAGACCGCGUUACACUGUCUCCAGGGAUAUUUUUGCAGAGUAGUGGAUACAAGUUUUUAGGAGGGACUUCUGGGACAAAGGAUUCUGGAAAUAGGUAACUUCUUUGUUUCCUCUGGUAGCAAAAUCAAGCAAAACUUUCCACUCGUUCCCAUAGUUCUCCCCCUCCCCCAGUUUGCACCCCAUGCAUAAUACACAUUUACAGUCACAUCGCACACACAGGCGGCAUGAGUCCAUUGAAGGAAAUCUAGGACUUCAGAGAAAGAAGUAUUCCUAGUACUGUUAUUAAUGCUGAGGGACCUGGAUCCUGAUUUUCAAAUCUCUGUGUGUGGGAGAUGGAAUGAAGGAGUUAGGUCAAGGGAAAAAAUAAAUCGAAGACCUCUGUUGUUGUUUCAUCACUAAGUCCUG